CAAAUCCCGGCGUGUCUCUGUUCUGCUCUUAUUUUUAGCAUCACUCUUGUUUCACUGCUCGUUCAACACGGUCGUGGAGAAGGUUUAGAGUGAUUGUGUCGUAAGCGAUGAAUGACAGAGAGGAUGAAGAGACGAUCCCCGUGGUCAUGGACACAUCAUCGUUCUCGCAGGUAGUUUUCAACGAUGUUCCUCCAUCAUAUCCUCCAAAAAUGGCAGUGACCUGUCGGUACACGAUCACCGAAGGCCUACAGCCAAACCCGAGAGACUGGAUCGGUAUCUUCAAGGUUGGAUGGCAGUCAACACAGAGAUAUUAUAGCUAUGAAUGGGUGGUACCUUGCCUGGACCAAAUCGGACCUGAAGGGCUCACGCAGGAAGUGGUUUUCAAAGAGAGCAAUCUACCUAAAGAUGACGGAGAGUUUUAUCAGUUCUGCCAUGUGGAUUGCAAUGGUCAUGUCAGAGGAGCCAGCACUCCAUUCUGCUUUCAAAACCAGGCAGAAAUAAGUCUGGACUGCAGCUUGGAGAAGGAUCUCUUAGUCGUAACAACACAGGAACAGGUAACAAUGAUGGAAAAGGAGAAAGAGGACUUGAUGAAAGAGAUGGAGUCCUUAAAAGAAUCAAAUGAGAUCCUGAAAAAAGAGCUGGACGAAAGACUGCAUGAGAUGUGUCGUUUAAGGAGCUGCCUAGACGAUUUAAAGUCAAAGGAAAAACCGGAAACACCCCUAUCGGACAUACCUAAUUAUAACAUCACCGAACAGUCACUGACCAAUUUACAUGAAAACUUUGAAAAGGCUGUACGUAAGAUCAAGAUGCUUAAGCAGGAAAGGGCAGAGUUACAGCAGCAGGUGGAGCUCCAGUUCGCCGAAAACCUCAAGCUAAAUACCUGCCUGAAAGAAACGGAUCACAAUUACAACAAACUGCAGGAUCGGGUCAAGUUGCUUGAGGUGGAUGCGCAGAGCAGCGCGAAGCACAAUGAAAAGCUGCAUGCAGAAAUCGAAGAGCUUCUCAUAGUAAAAAGAACUCUAGAGGAGAAAAAAGGUGAAGACAAGGAGUUGCAAGCAUCCAUGUCAGAGCACAGGGGAGAAGAUAAUGAGACAAAAGUCCAGAUUCGGGCCUUGCUCACUCAACUGAUCGAAUCCAGAGGGCUGCUGCGCAGUGAGAUGCAGAAUUGCAAAGAAGCCACUAAACGUGCUGAAAGCGCAGAGCAGGAAUUGAAGGACGUGAAACAGAAGCUGGCAGAGAUGCCCGUCAAUGAAGCCGAGGCUGAAAGACACAGUCAAAUCCAGGCACAACUUGAGCAGGCUCAAAACAAAAUUUAUGAGAUGGCAGAGACUUCAAGAUCAGACAAGCAGGAAUUUAUUGAAAAGAAUGAGGAACUUCAGGCAGAAGUAGCCAGACUGCACAGGAUAGUGAUGGACAACCAGGUGGCGUCUGUUCCUGCCAUUUCUGAGCAGCUACCCAAUCCACAGAGCCCACCUCCCUCCAGCAACACCCAAGAGCAAACAUACCCGCCUGAUUAUCAUUUCUACGGAAGCAUUGAUGACAUGACAGGAGAUCAGUCAAGAAAAGAGGACAAGAUGAAGUGCCUGCAUUGCCAUGAAAGCUUUCCUGGUAUCAGCGAGGAUGAACUUGCACAGCAUGAGCAGUCCCACAAAGUGUGUCCAUUCUGUACUCUGAUCUGUGAUGACUGGGAACAGCAAAUGUUUGAAGAUCACGUCUACAGUCAUGAAGACUAACCCAAUUCACUUCUAACUGAAAUAUCAUGUAUUGUCACGUUUUUGUAGAUAUACAUUAUUUCUGUUAUACUAUUAGCUAUUAUUACCCAACGCUGAUCGACAUUCAGAUGAUUUCUAAACUAUAAUUGGCCUAUUCAAUAUAUAUACAUUCAAUUUACUUCAUGCCUUUAUUUCAUAGUUUCUCUUCGCAUAAAAUGCAAUUUACCAUUUCAUAUUUAUUUAUUUGGUAAGCCUGGUAAAAGCAGAGUAAUAUAUUUAGCCAGCCAGCCGUUAUCAGAGGGAAACCCAUGUGACGAAAAACCUUUUUGCUGUUUAUCUAGAUCUUGUUUACCCAGACUGUUUAGUUUGUGUUAAUAAGUGACUUUACAAUCUGCAAUCAGAAAUAAUGGUAAAACUGUUGUAAUUGAAGACAAAAACAAAAAAACGUUUAAUGGUUAAACAAAUAUUUCUUUAUUAUCAAGGAGAAAUAUACAAUACACAUAAAACAAUAUAGUAACUA